GAGCCUUUGCCAGUUUCUGGUCGAAUACAUCGGGAAGACGUACACCGAAGGGAACGUGGCCACAGACACUCUCUCCCUCGGUGGCAUCUCCUUCCCGGACGUCAUCUUCGGCUGUGCCCACAAUAGUAGCGACCAAGGCUUCCAGGGCGCCGUCUCCGGCAUCAUGGGGCUCAGCCUUGCCUCCUUCUCCAUCAUCGGACAGCUUCGCUCGCAGGUAGCCGGGAAGUUCGCCCACUGCUUCUCAUCCUCACCCAACAUCUCAUCCCGCAUUGCAUUCGGCCCCGAUGCCAUGAUCCCAUAUCCGUACGGCGUCGUUUCCACUCCAUUGGAUAGCUCUGUAGCUGCGAGAAUAAUAGGUAACUUUGGGUAUUGGCUCACGCUCGAGACUUUGAGCGUGGGGAACAAAAGACUAUUGCUAGAGAAGCCUUUGCACACAUAUUGGUUUGGGAAUGCGACCAUUGUCGCGGACACCGGGACGUAUUACACGUACCUCCCAUUUGAGCUUUACGACGCGUUUGAGAAGGAGAUGAGGAAAGCAAUUGGGGCGCCAAUGACGAAGAACGAGUACGGGCAGUUGUGUUACAAUGAAUCAGGGGUGGAAGUGGGGCGGCGUCCGAGGAUCGUGGCGCAUUUCGCGGGGAAUGCUGACGUGGAGCUUUCGCCGAAGGGCGUGUACGAGGAAUGGGGGAAUGGGGUGGUGUGUGUGACGCUGGUUUCGGAGACGGACGACAUUAACAUGCCCAUCUUCGGGGUGAAGUCGCAGAUGGACCAUGUUCUCUACUAUGACCUUGUAGACAAUAAUCUCCAUUCCAGAUUUCCAUUCUUGUCCUCGGCCCCAUAUUCCAUGAGAGAAAGAGAGAUAGAGAUAGAAAUAGGGAGAGAGAGAGAGAGAGAAUCUCAAUCUGGUGGUGGUGCUUGGAGGCCAUGCGUCGCUGUUGAUGGCUUCUUGGACUCCUAAUGUGGUCUAGCAGCUUGCGACGAGAGUCUGCUUUCUGUUCUCUCUCGAGAUUCUCUUGUAAUACCGAUUUUCCCCCGGCCUGUUGCUCUUGUUGCGUUUGAUUCUGAGUGAGGCCAUGAUUAACGGCGGUGAUGGUGGCCUGAGAGGGGUGGGUGUCCAGGCUUCCGGUUCCGGCGGACCGCCCCAGCCUCUGGAGUGGAAAUUUUCGCAGGUGUUCGGGGAACGUACUGCCGGAGAGGAGUUGAUAUCAUCUCUGCCAUUGAAUUUGAUAAAACUGGUGACCAUCUUGCUACUGGUGACCGUGGGGGUAGAGUGGUAUUAUUUGAGAGGACAGAUACAAAGGAGGUAGUUUUUUAAUUUUGAUUUUUUUGUGGAAAAGGGUGAAAUAAGCCCUCCAAGUCUUUUCAAAGCAGAUAUCGAUCUUCAUAAAAUUAACAAUAAUGCUGUUAAACCGUUUUUACCUGUAGCCAGCUUGUGACGUUCAGGUCACCGCAUCACCACCUAAUCCUG